AACGCCGAGCGACCCAAACAAAUUACAAGACAUUCAAACGGAACAAGCUUGUGCCUCAAUACAAUUAAGUCACACCACUGAAUCACUCAGCCGAGUCAAGGGCUUAUUCGAGUAUUUGUCAAUUGUCUCAAGAUGACUUCUAGAGCUUGUCUAACAGCACUAGUUUUGUUGACAGUCUCUUCUUCUUUGGUGGCCAAUGGAGGCGACACAGAUUUAAACGCAUUGAAGGACCGUAAAGAGAGCACAAACUGCCAAAAUACUCUUGAGUGUCGCACAACGUCAUCAAACAAACCACGAAGGAAGAAUCUGAGAUGCCAAGAUGACAGCGACUGUGCGAAGCGUGAGGUGUGCCAUAGCUUUUUUAAGGUAUGCUUCAUUAAGCCCACACAGAAGAGUAAGUUGAGAGUGACAGGACAAACUAAAACAACACCCUCGUGUAAAACAGACCAAGACUGUCGCCAAAACCAGUCCUGCCAUGUGUUUUUUGGAACAUGUCUGGAUAACUCUCACGUUCCGGCGACUGCGACAACGACGUCUCGUCCAAGCGUGCCAACAUGUAAAACAAAUGCGGAAUGUCCCAAAGGACAAUACUGCCACAACUUCUUCAACAUUUGUCUACCAAACCUCACCAUGUUUUUUGAACCAACAAGUUCAACCCCGCGCACUGGUUGCACAUCUGACUCAGACUGUGAAAAUGAUGGAGAUUUCUGCCAUAACUUGACCAGGUUAUGCUUACCAAUGCCUACAAACGCAACGCCAACCCCUCCUCGGAAGACCUCUUUCUCGUGUAAUUCCCAUGCAGAUUGCAAAAUGACCGAAUUCUGUCAUUUCCUCAUUGGUAUGCGGAAUCAAGAUCAAUCUAGAGGUGUGCAGCCACACAAGCAUUUGAAGUCUGCUCUUGGUGUAUGUAUCGCUAGAGCUUUGAAGGAUGUUCCUAAGGAUCCAAGUCCGGUGUCUUUAAAUUGCAGUCACACUGCAGACUGCGGGAAGGGAAGGUGUUGCUUGAAAGAUCUGGGACUGUGUGUAGGUUACCGCUUGCCCGGACAACUCUGUGUCGCAGAGGAUGUUUCGUUUGCCUUUUCUUGUCCCUGCUUACCCGGCUUCACCUGCGUCAGCAGGAGACGUCCCAUGCCGCUGAAAAGGCUGGGGAGAAAGCUUAAGCUACCCACGGAGGCAAUAGAAAAGUUGGGCGUGCAAUUCCACGAUAAAGGAACGACUGAAUUCAAGGUUGGAAAGUGUCAGCUCAUCUCUGAUUAAAUUGGUAAUCCCUCUUUGCAGCUUAAAAUGGACGCGACAUUAAGAUUCCCGACUAACGGUCAAGUGGUGCCUGAAUUUGACAAAAACAUUUGCAUCCUUCAAACCUACAAGAACCUUUAAACUUGUAGAUCCGGUUGAACGCAGUCGGUUCCAUAGAGUAAAUAAGGAUGUCAAAUAAGUUUUAAGAUACUUUUUUAGCCAUUAUAUACGUCCUAAUCAGAGACAGCACUUCUGGCUGAGCUAAUUGAUAAUCUUUAAAAAAUAAUAGUUUUUGUUGCCUGAGAGAACGCAAACAUAUAGUACCACCUUGGUCAAUUACACUAGCUUGCACGGAACGAGAGGAAAUUCAAGGCCUGUGCACCCUUGGAUUUUCCAAAGCUUACGAAAACCGUUCGUCAGCACCAAGUUCGAACUACCUAAGGAUCCCAGGAUACCUGCCAUUUCCCAGCCUGUGUUUUUCCCAAAUCCCAGUCCCAAUCCCAAUCCCAAUCCCAAUUCCAUUUUUUUUAUCUGUUAUUCUCAGUCCCACUGACCCAAAUUUCAUUUAUCAAAAAGGCAAAUCCUUGACCCAUUUUACCCCUUCGGACAUUUUUUAUGCGUUACAUCGCCUUGAAGUGAUAUUGUAAAGAGGUUUAUCAUUCUUGGAAGAGCAAAUGAAAACAGUGGCACAACUAAGAGCUCUUCUUGGUGACAGUAGACGUAGUGACGUAAAUUAUUUUCGGUCUGUCGAAUAUGUUUAGUUGAGCAAAGGUAUACCUUUAAGCGAGCAAUGUAGACAUGACAAAGAGAGAACUUGAUUACCAGAUUAUUAAUGUUAUAAUCUCUCGAUUAAUUUUUAAUGUAAAAUAGAAGUUUUGUUCUUGUAUCAAUGUAUGUUAGAAUAAUGAAGUAAAUAAGCAGUCAACGCAAGAGGGUAGAAGUAAGUUGCAGUAAGUGGCCAAGGACUUAAAACAUUAGCAAGUGAGAAGCAAAACUGUUUUGGAGAAGGAGAGAAACUUUGUUCGCCUUUUGCACGAACUGUUCUAGGGACUCUGAAAAGUGAGUGGAGAAUGACCUUUACUGCAAUCGCAUUGCAUAUAGCCUGCGUUCAGACUGUAUCCAUAUCCUGCAGGUCCAGGUUAGGUCUGCCUGAUGGAUUCUGUUCCUGGGAAAGACAGUGCCUGACUUAGACGAAAAAAUGGGUACAAGUGAACUAUGGGGGCCAGCUGACUAAAUUGUACAGUGGAGCAAUGCUCCCAGUUGCUUCGAGUCAAGCUAUGAAAACAGUAAAACGUGCUGAGCUCCGGAGUUAAAAUCUCCAAAAGGCUCUACUUUAUCUACCUUAUUUCAAAACCUCCUGCUACGCUAAUCUGAUCUGAUCUGAAGCCUGUCUACUCCAUUUCGGAACAUAGGCCAGUGACAAAACCCCUCCAAUCACCAGUCCCUGGCCAGGCGUUCCAUCUGCGUCCAGGAGUAACCUUGCUACAUUAGCCUCCACUUCAGUACCGGAGAUUUCCACCUCAUUUUGUCUACUUCCUUUGGCUUAUUGGUAAAAAUUAAAUUCUUAUUCCUCCCGUAGUGAUCGUCAUCUGAAAAUAAAUGUCUGGGCCAGUAUUACCCGUCGCAGGAUUCUUCAAAGAAGGGUCUAGCUUAUAAUUCUUUGAACAUCUAAUGCCCAUGCAAACUCAGAUGCUCAGUGGAAAAACCGAGUCUGUUGUUUCAACAUUCUGGCUAAAGAGAGCUUUGAAAUGCAUGCAGAGCUUCAAGGUUAGACCUGAGUUUUGGAGAAGAUGUGGCCUAGUGGUUAGGGCGUUGGACUUGUAAUCCGGAGGUCCCAAGUUCAAGUCAUCCUCCCUGCCACUAGUCGUAUUUGUGUUUGGUGGUUCCGGAUUCAAUCCUCCACGCUUUGUAAAAAGCGAACUGAUUAGCAAUUUGGGAUUUUGAACAAGUUUCUGUUUAAAAUAUCUGGGCCAGUAUUACUCUUCGCAGGAUUCUCAGAAGAAGAGGCUAGCUCAUAUAAUUCUUUGAACAUCUAAUACCCUUGCAGACUCAAAUGCUUAGUGGAAAAACCAAUCGUUGGUAGUUCCUGGUCUGUUAUUGCCACAUUCUGCAUGGCUAAACAGAGCUUUGAAAUACAGAGCUUCAAGAUGAAUGUAUGACAUGCACAAAUCGCUUGUUUGGUACAGUAGUACGCCUGUGGAUCUGAUUUUGGUGAAAGAGGGCCGCCACCACUCUAUUUUUUCACGCCCUGAUCUCUUAAUACUAAAUCACAUUGAUCCCAUUAAGAAGCAAAAAAUGGCUUAACAACGUUUCUGGAAAAAAAAGAGAAAAAAAAAAACAGAAAAGAAAAGGAACAAAACACGAACUCGAACGUGCUUACGGUUAUAAGUGCAGGAAGCGUUGAAUCGAUUGCUAUCAGAGACAUGGCAACAAAUUACAAAAACACGGAAACUGAAGAUGAGAUGAGAUGUGUAAGUUUAAUUUUUUUCCAGAUCUCUUAAGCUUUACUUCAUGUUUUCAAAGAUCUUUCUUCAGAAAUCCAAACCUGUGACAACUGAGCGUUAGUCCAACAACAAAGAAACAUUUUUUCUGCUGUGGAACAGAGUUGCACUCAAAAUUGAUAAGGCAGGCACAUCACCAGAUGCUUCAUCUGGCCUGGUAGCUUAGCUGAGUUAUUUGCAGUAAGUGUCGCCGGCAAUUCUAAGCAGCCAAGAACUUCGAAACACGUUGAAAUGUAUUUUCUUGCUGCUGGUGACUUACGGAUGCCUUUAUAUAGAAGUGUACUAAAAUUAGAUAAAACAUUCCUUGAAGUUUUGCAAGUUACCGACUAAGUGGUGCCAGACCAUGAUCAGCAAGUAGAUCUAGUGAACACAUUAAGUUGUGAUCAGAAACGCCCAACAGCAUAUUGCAAAUGUUUUACUGCAAUGAAAGCUGUUCGAUUGUAACGACUAUGUCCCACAUUUCAGAAGCGUUUAACUACUUAGCAAACUAAGUAGGGUCGAAAUGAGGGAAACCCGAUCGUUUUGACAGAAAUAGUAACACACGCGGAAACAGCACUUGGGAAAGUGUUAUCUUAUGGCCCACAUUCCCGAAAAACCUGCAACUUGAUGUAAAACAGCAGCACUUCCCAAGGAAGGAGAUAUUUCGCUGUCUGAAGAUAACCCUUUCAAGAAAUUUUUGUAGCUUAGAUUUUGUGCAGUCCGCCCUUUUUUCUUCCCCUCUUCAAUCAAGUCUUAUUCUAACCCCCCUCAAAGACGAAAUUAAUUUGGACUUCGGUCAAUAGACAAGACACUAAAAAUACAUUCCCAAGGUUACCUUGCAUCUGGGAAGCUGAUCAAUUUAGCCCUUGCGGCACUAUGUUCUGCAAUAUAUACCCUUGCGGUCUGAAGUGCCAAUUUUUGUUCCAUAAAUAUCAAGUUAUACCAAAAUGAAACUUACGGUACAUAAGGUUCACACUGGUGAAAGCUUGAGGACAUCAAAUAAAAAUAAUUAUAACCCAGUAGGUUCCCUUAACCUUUUUACGCGAUUAGAUUUAAUUUGAUGGUGAGAAGAUACACUGUAUUUUUUAUGUGGACUUUGUAACGGCCGUUUGCUAUCACUCAAACCCGACAAAAGGCUCAAAGAAGUGGGCGGGAGGCCGCCAUUUUCGGGUCACUGGAUAAAGCUAGAAGCCUGAGUGAAUAUUUCACCGGCGGAAAAGAAGCAUUAUGCGGCAAGUGCCGGGAAUAUGACUUGAGCUUAUUAUAAUUUCAUCUUGUUUUCACAAGCAAGUCGUCAUAUAAACAUCACAGACCCAUCAUAGACAAAACAUUUAAUCAUUUGUCUUUUACGUGGUUCACUUUAUUAUAACAUGGCUGAAACCAGAGAUUAUAAUACGUCAGUGGAAUCCCGAUUUCUCGAACCCUCAUUUUUUCGAACCUCCCGAUAACUCGAACCAAAAGUCGUUUCCCUCUGCUCAGUCGAACACUGUAAUUUAACACCCGAUUUCUCGACCUCUCUGAAUUUUCUAACCAAUUUGCGUUUCCCUUGGAGGUUCGACAAAUCGGGACUCCAGUAUGCAACAUGUAGAACUUGGCAUAUUCGUGGUGAAAUUCCAGUUGUGAACAAGGACAAAAUCUCUUCUCUCGAUGUUUCCUGUCUCUGCAUUGCACAUGAUCAAAAAGAAGCUCUACAAAGGCAUUGAUAAAGGUGCCAAGAAAUGAUUAAUUGGCCGGGUAAUCCAUUGUAUUACAAACAAUUUUAUCACGUAGCUUUAAUUACAUUUUGAAAUUAAAUUCUACGUGCACGCGCGCCUAAUGGGCCUAAUGGUUCGCUUGCCAGAAAGGGCGGAAGGCCGGUGCAUUUGUGAAUAUGAGACUCCCGAAUGAUUGAAUAACACUUUUGAGCUAUCGCUUUGUUGAUGAUUUGCGAUGGAAUGCUCUUUGGAAAGUCUCUGCUAACCGCUCUUGAAAGGCACCGCUCCUCAUCAGAAGCAGGCUUACAAAAGCCUCCAGGCACAAUUGCAACUUUAUGGAAGUAAGGAUUAAUUAUAGACCUUCGCAUCCUGUAAACCAAUUAUUCAGUCAACUUAUGUUAACAAGGUUAUGGAGUUAUAACCUGCGCUUUUUUUUAGCUUGAUGCACAUGAAUCGAUGCUGAGAGUUAGCCCUCCUGUUGACCUGCUUCUCGCGGUCUAAGAAUUUUGUUGUGUCUCCAACGAAAAAAACACGGAUCAAUGACAAAAACAGCAGCACUGGAAAAGCUGUUUUGCCCACUAAGUCGUUUAAACAGCUAUAUUCCCUUUGGAAUGUUGCGAUAACUAUAGAACAUAGUACUUGAAACGAUAAUUAAAUUUUCAACGAUUCGUCAUAAAGGCUCCCUUACUGGGCGCAACAUCUGCUCUUAUUGGCGGUUUAAAGUUUCCGUCGGUUUUUUCAGUGGAGGAAGAGUGUCGAGUGAUUGAAUGCCAGCCCUUUAGUGAUUCAGGAUUUACUAAUUUAGCCAUUCUCUUCACCUAAACAAAGGCUUACAUGCAACCUCGAUGAAUAAACUGACUUGAUAAAGUGCCGGAUUGAUAAAACGUUUAAUAAACUGACCCAAAAGUAGCUCAAAGUGGCCGAAAAGACAUAUCUUUAGACGAAACAUAAUCCAAUGGCGACCAAAAGACGGGGAUCUUAUCUUGCCAAAAGCCGUAAAAACGGAUGACGGGCAAUAAACAAGUUAAGUCUCCCUGUUUUACUUUGUAUUUCGAAGACUGAUAAAUCACUGACAUCGGCUUCACUGAACGUGAUAACAAGGCGAUAGGAAUGCAGUUUUGGUUAUUAAACCUGUUGAAUUACUCGACAAGAGAGCCCUAAAUCUCACACGAAUUGACACAUACAUGUAUUACCAGUACAUUUACAAUCUUA